AUCUUCAUAGGCAUACAUAGCUAACUAACUAACUCUUUCUCUCUCACAACAACAAACAACAACAUUCUCAAUUCUCUCUCUGUCUCCUUGCUGUGAUGAUCCAUGUUCUUCUUCCUUCUUCUCCCUUCUCCUUUCCUUAAUUUAAAUCUCUCACCAUUAUCAUGGACACUUCUUGUGCACUUAGCAGCCUAAUUUAUCAUAUACAUCUUAUACCUACCUAUACAUUUUGUAUUUCUUGAUUUUCUGGGGUGCCUUGAUUUCCUCUUUUUUGUUGCGAGGGACUCACACACCAUGUUGCAGGAUGUUUUUGAUCAGCAACAACAACUGUCGCCAAAGGCGGCGGCCGAGGAGCAACACCAACUUCCCAUUUCAUGUUGUUGACAUUGAAUUUACAGGACGAAAUUUCAAGCCCUCUUAGUGCUCGAAUUUUCGAACUAUGUAACUCUGAAUUGUUCCCAGAGGCUUUGCAGAAUUCUGAGGUUACAUCCAGCUCAAAUUGCUGCUAUGAAGAGAACUCCUCAUAUGCAACAAACACAUCUUUAGCUAUAGAUGUAGAAACCAAGUUCAAUAGCAAUAACACAGUCACCACUCCAACUAGCACUACUACCACCGCCACCACCGCCGCCGCCAACACCACCAACAACAACAACAGUAGUAACCUCUCUGUGAUCUUUGACUCCCAAGAAGAUAUUGACAAUGAUAUAUCUGCCUCCAUAGAUUUCACACUCUCUCCAGCCUUCAAUGUGGGACCAUUUGCCCCAUCCCAGCAAGAACAACACUUUGAUUUCUCUUCUGUGCAGCAAAAUCAGGUUCAACUCACAGCAAGUUCUGUUGUGGAGGGCUUCUCUCACUCUCAGUAUCCACCUGACCCAGUUGCACCUCUCAUGGGAGCAUCAUUGCCACCUGUUUUUGAAGAGGAUUGCAUAACUUCUGUGCCUUCUUAUAUGCCUCUGAACCCUUCUUCUCCUUCUUGCGCUUAUCUCGGUCCCGGCAUGGCGGCGUAUAUGCCUCCUCCUGGUGCACUUAACACUGCUUUAUCGGCUGAGAGUUGUGGAUUGUAUGGUGGGAACAUUCUUCUGGGUCCUGAAAUUCAGACACAGGAACUGGAAUACCAGGGAGAAAAUGGAAGACUUUAUUGUACAGAUUCAAUUCAGAGGGUGUUUAAUCCUCCAGACCUUCAGGCACUUAGUACUGAGAGCCAGCAACUAGUAGCUGGGGCUGGGAGUUCUGCCACUCUGACACCAGAAAUCUCAAACUUGGAGGAUUCCACCUUCAAGGUUGGAAAACUUUCUGUUGAGCAAAGGAAGGAAAAGAUUCAUAGAUACAUGAAGAAAAGAAAUGAGAGAAACUUCAGCAAGAAAAUUAAGUAUGCAUGCCGCAAAACUCUGGCAGAUAGCCGACCUCGGGUUAGAGGAAGGUUUGCAAAGAAUGAUGACUUUGGAGAUGCCAAUAGAGCUGCUGGUAGCAAUCAUGAAGAAGAUGAUGAAGAAGAAGUAGUUGUGAAAGAUGAAGAUGAUAUGGUUGAUUCCUCAGAUAUCUUUGCUCAUAUCAGUGGGGUGAACUCCUUCAAAUGCAACUAUUCCAUCCAGUCAUGGAUUUGACUCAAUAGUUUAGCUAGUAUAUACUACACCUACUACAUUUAGCUUCUGUAGAUUUUUGCACGGCCCUGUUCCACUCCCAGAAUUCUUAAACUUGGGUGUGAUGAAUGAGGAAACUGAAUAAGAGGGGUCCUUAUACUAUACCAAUAAGGGAAUGAAGAACCUAUAGAAAGUAAAGUGUAUACAUUUUUGCAGACAUUAUCUUUCUCAUUACUUGUACUUACUAAGAAUCACAUGUUGUAUUUACCCAUAAAAUAUUUCAGUUGCCUUAUAGUGGUUGGAAACUAGCUCUUGUGGAUAUUUUUCCUUGGGGUGAUUUA